UGAAUCUUUGGGCUGAAUGUUUCUUCUGGCACGCAGGUGAAAUCAAUAAAAUUACCAGAACAGUCAAAAAUCCUUUUAAACAGCCCAUUGCUUUUUAAGUUUCUGUUUGGAGUGUGCUCCAGAAAAUAUCCAAGACUCAUGGAUGCCCCUUCAGUUUACUACAGGUUGAGUAGUCAGAUGAGAAAAGAAUUAAGUCUUCACUGAGCAGGUCACAGGACCAUAGAUCUAAAGCUGAAAAGGGACCUCAGGCUUCUCUGCAGAAUGUCAAGCAAAGAUCGACACAUUGAUUCUAGCUGUUCGUCAUAUAUCAAGACGGAACCCUCAAGCGCUGCCUCCUUAAAGGACAGCAUCAACCACCACAGCCCUGGUGGCUCUUCAGACGCCAGCAGGAGCUAUAGUUCAACCAUGAAUGGCCAUCAGAAUGGACUUGACUCACCACCUCUGUACCCUUCUGCCCCGGUCCUUGGAGGUAAUGGGCCUGUCAGGAAACGAUACGAUGAUUGUUCGAGCACCAUUGCAGAAGAUUCGCAGACCAAGUGUGAAUACAUGCUGAACUCGAUGCCCAAGAGACUGUGUUUGGUGUGUGGCGAUAUUGCAUCUGGGUACCACUAUGGGGUAGCAUCAUGUGAAGCCUGCAAAGCCUUCUUCAAGAGGACAAUUCAAGGUAAUAUAGAAUACAGCUGCCCAGUCACAAAUGAAUGUGAAAUCACAAAGCGCAGACGCAAAUCCUGCCAGGCCUGCCGUUUCAUGAAAUGUCUAAAAGUUGGCAUGCUGAAGGAAGGGGUGCGUCUUGAUAGAGUACGUGGAGGUCGCCAAAAGUACAAACGCAGAAUAGAUGCAGAGAACAGCCCAUACCUGAACCCUCAGCUCGUUCAACCAGCUAAAAAGCCAUAUAACAAGAUUGUCUCACAUUUGCUGGUGGCUGAACCGGAGAAGAUCUAUGCCAUGCCUGACCCUACUGUUCCAGACAGUGACAUCAAAGCUCUAACUACUCUCUGUGACCUGGCUGAUAGAGAACUGGUGGUCAUCACUGGAUGGGCUAAACAUAUUCCAGGUUUCUCUACUUUGUCUUUGGCUGAUCAGAUGAGCCUUCUGCAAAGUUCUUGGAUGGAGAUUUUGAUCCUUGGGGUUGUAUACCGAUCACUUUCUUUUGAGGAUGAACUUGUCUAUGCAGAAGAUUAUAUUAUGGAUGAAGAUCAGUCCAAAUUAGCAGGCCUCCUUGACCUCAACAAUGCCAUCCUGCAGCUGGUAAAGAAAUAUAAGAGCAUGAAGCUGGAGAAAGAAGAGUUUGUCACCCUCAAAGCUAUAGCUGCUAAUUCAGAUUCAAUGCACAUAGAAGAUGUUGAAGCAGUUCAGAAACUUCAAGACGUCUUACAUGAGGCUCUUCAGGAUUACGAGGCUGGCCAGCACAUGGAAGACCCUCGUCGGGCCGGCAAGAUGUUGAUGACUCUCCCGCUUCUGAGGCAAACCUCUACCAAGGCUGUGCAGCAUUUCUACAACAUAAAAUUGGAAGGCAAAGUUCCUAUGCACAAACUUUUUUUGGAAAUGCUGGAGGCCAAGGUCUGACUAAAAGCACCCCAGGCCUUCCCAUCAUGCACGCUGAAAAAGGGAAAAUAAACGGGAGAGUUAAUGGCAAAGAAACUUUAAACUACAACAAAAAAAAAUGACUGCACUGAUCAUUUAGCAGCAAGAC